AUGGCAACCAAGAUUCUCGUUAUCGUUCUUAUGAUCACCAGUAUUCUUGCUUACCCUACAAACGCGCGGAGCCUUGCAAUGGAGGCAAAAGCAGCAGCUGAUGAGCAGAAGGAAUAUUUUCGGCACCCUUUGCCGCCACUUUUUGGUGGUUUUGGUGGACUUAGAGGUGGAAUAAGGCCUCCGUUUGGUUUAGGAGCAGGUGUUGGUGGGUUUGGAGGUGGUUUUGGUCCUUUUAUUGGAGGUGGUGGAACAAGUACUAUUGGAGCUGGAACUGGACUUGGUUCUAGCAUUGGAGGAGGCUUUAAUAUUGGUGACAAUGGUGGCAAUAAUCCUGAUGCUAAUGCUGAACUUGGUGCAGGUCAUGACCUAAGUGAAGGAGGUGAUGCAGCAAUUGGACAUGACCAGCCUUAA